AAUCGUAGAAUUGUAGAUAAUUUCAUGAGAAAGCCUACCGAAUUCACCAAACUUUUCUACGCUUUGAAUCCUAUGAUUUUUCGUAGGUGAAGUCUACGAAGUAACCUCUACUACAAAAUGGGUAGCGUAAUGAAAGCCGUUGACAUUAAAGGUGGCAAAGGUCCUGCCACCUCUCUCUUUAUUAAUCACCAGACACCUAAGCCUGACCCAAAAGAGGGUGAAGCUCUGGUGCGUGUUAAGGCCUUCGGAUUGAAUCGUAUGGACCUCAUCCAACGCGAAGGACGGUAUCCGUUGCCGCCCCAGGCUCCGGCCACACUCGGGGUCGAGUUUAGCGGGACAAUCGAUUCGUUCGGGCCCGGUCCGCACGGAGACUUUCGCAUCGGAGACGCCGUCUUUGGCCUUGCCUACGGUGGCGCUUAUGCCGAGUACAUCGCAGUGAGCUCUAAGAUGCUGCUGCACAAGCCUAGUAGCUUCACCUGGGAGAUGGCUGCCGGAAUCCCUGAGACGUGGAUUACCGCAACCCAGGCGCUUCAUCUCGUGGGCGAAUUCGCCCCGGGUAAGACUGUCUUGUGGCAUGCCGGCGCCAGCGGUGUAAGCAUCGCCGGCAUCCAGCUUAGCAAGGAUAGCGGCGCCAGCGCCGUCUAUGCUACCGCUGGUACGGACGAGAAAUGUCGAUUCAUCGAGCGCGAGCUCGGUGCUACUAAGGCUUUUAACUAUAAGACACAGGACUGGGCACAGGAAAUUCUUGAUGUGACCGGGGGUAAGGGUGUAGAUCUUAUCGUAGACUUUAUCGGCGCGAGCUAUUUUCAGAAGAACCUGACGGUUGCGGCGAGAGACGCUAGGUGGGUUACGUUGGGUAUGAUGGGCGGUACGAAGCUUGAUGGAGUAGAUUAUAGUAUGCUGCUCUAUAAACGGAUCCGGCUCGAGGGUAGCACACUACGGAGCAGGGAUGCAGACUAUCAAGGUCGGCUGAGGGAUAAGCUGGCCGAGUAUAUCCCCCAUUUCGAAAGUGGCAAACUGAAAGUGCUCAUUGACACAGUUUUGCCAAUGGACGAUGUUAUUAAAGCCCACCAGUUGUUGGAGGAAAAUAGGACGACGGGGAAAAUCAUCUGCACUGUUCCAUAGAUAGAAAAGAGGUAAACUAGAAAAAUUCUAGAGGAUACCUUUCGUUUCUUGUGACCGAAACCUUCGCAACUAUGGGACUCGAAAACUU